GUCCAAGACAUGCACAUCACUAGUCAGCGAACAAUUAAUUAGCCAUUAGCGAGCGCACUGAGCCUAUUCAAAAAGUUUCGAAAUUUCAAGUCUGUGAGUGGGAGAGUCACAGAUAUCGCGAAGGAGAAAACAGAAGAAUCAGCUCUUCCGACUUGUUCGAAGUCAACAAAAAAAAAAAAAUGUCAGUGCAAGAAUAUCUGGAUAAGCACCUGCUUUCCCGGAAAAUCGAAGAUGCCGUCAAUGCUGCUGUUAGGGCCAAGACCCCAGAUCCUGUGCUCUUCAUUUCCAAUCAUAUGAGAAAAGCAGUUCAGUCUGUGAUCACGAGAAUUAAGGCGAGGCAGAUCCUUGAUAGCCGAGGAAUUCCAACUGUUGAAGUGGACCUGUACACUAAUAAAGGCAUGUUCCGUGCGUCGGUUCCCAGCGGCAAUUCCACUGGGAUGUAUGAGGCUGUAGAGUUACGUGAUGGGGACAAGGGUGUAUAUCUUGGAAAUAGUGUGGCUAAAGCAGUUAAAAAUAUUAAUGAAAAAAUAUCUGAAGCACUGAUUGGUAUGGACCCAACACUUCAGCACCAAAUUGAUCAGGCCAUGAUAGAUCUGGACAAAACAGAGAAGAAGGGAGAGCUUGGAGUCAAUGCUAUAUUAGCUGUGUCCAUUGCUGCUUGUAAAGCUGGAGCUGCAGAAAAGGAGGUUCCACUUUACAAGCACAUUGCUGAUCUCUCCGGAAAAACCAGCCCAAUGCUUCCUGUUCCUGCCUUUACUGUUAUAAGUGGUGGAAAACAUGCUGGAAACAAUCUUGCCAUUCAGGAAAUUAUGAUUUUACCUACCGGAACAAACAGAUUUGAGGAGGCAUUGAGAAUGGGUUCAGAGACCUAUCAUCACUUGAAGGCUGUUAUUUUAGAAAAAUUUGGUGCAUAUGGUUGUAAUGUUGGAGAAGAUGGUGGCUUUGCUCCUAAUGUCUCCAGCUUUAAAGAAGCCCUGGAUCUUGUAAAGGAGGCUAUUGGCAGAUCUGGUUAUAACGAGAAAAUAAAGAUAGCUCUGGAUGUUGCUGCUACAACUUUUUGCAUAGGUACAAGGUAUGAUCUGGACUUUAAAUCUCCUCAAAAGUCUGGACAGAAUUUCAAGUCAGCAGAGGAUAUGAUAGACUUGUACAGGGAACUAUGUGCUGAAUACCCAAUCGUAUCAAUAGAAGAUCCAUUUGACAAGGAAGAUUGGGAACAUUUUAAGCAUUUCUCAAGUCUUGGAUUUUGUCAGGUAGUUGGGGGUGAUUUGUUGUCAUCAAAUGUAAAACGCAUUGAGAGAGCAAUCACUGAGUCUGCUUGCAAUGCUUUUCUUCUUAAGGUCAACCAAGUUGGAACUGUGACAGAGGUCAUUGAAGUGGUGAAGCAGUCUAAGGAAGCUCAUUGGAGAAUGGUGGUUUCUCAUAGAUGUGGAGAAACUGCAGAUUCUUUUAUAGCUGAUUUAGCUGUGGGACUUGCUUCUGGUCAAAUCAAAGCAGGUGCACCUUGCAGAGGAGAGCGUCUUGAAAAAUAUAACCAGUUGCUUCGAAUUGAAGAGGAGCUCGGAGAUGAGGGGAUUUAUGCUGGUGAAGAUAUUAGACAGUAAGAAUGUGUAUUAUCUUUGGUUUUACUGAUUUUUGAGAUAUGCUCCUUCAUUGGUCAUUAUUUGUACCAUAGUUGUCAACAUGAUGCACCAGUUUCUCCGCUGUUCUCGGCCUUGGAUACCUCUUGUUAUAGCAAGUGUUUCAUUGAGUUUUCUAGGUUGUGUAGGAGAUAGCUUUUAGUAUUUAUUCAUUUUGUUGGAACCGGGGAUAGAAAUUACUACUAGUCCAUCAGUGGAAGUUUUGGAUUAUUUGAUCAACCAAAAUUUUCUGAGCAGU